AGGACAUUUCAUUCUGACUCCGGGCAUCGGACUCCUCUGCUUCAAGAACUAUUUCCCAUGGAGCCAGAAGCCUUACAAAUUUGCCCUUACAACCCUCAACACCGAAUCCCACUCAGAAGAUUUCAAUACCACCUGGCAUCAUGCAGGAGAAAGAACCCCAAAAAAGCUAAAAAGAUGGCCAGCUGCAAAUACAACGCCUGCCACGUGUUCCCCAUCAAAAAGCUGGAGGAGCAUGAGGCUGCCUGUGUCAACAGAAGCACAGUGGAGGAAGAGGACAGCUUGAGCCCUCUGAAGUUCAGCCUUCCAAGUUCAGAGCAGAACGGAAACACCCCUCCAGUGUCCCGCUGGCUCCCCAACUCUGAUGUCUGGAAUGUAGAUAGCACGAAUUCCCACCCCAUGUUUGUCCUUAAGACUUUUGUUCCCCAAAAGCUUACUUGUGAAAUCGACACGAGAGAGUCAGAGAGAGAGACCACACCCCAUCCCUGACCCCCCCGCCAGAAGAUCAUCAGACCAGGAGAGUAA